UAUGUGAAUGUCUUUUUGUGGACAUACGUUUUUAUUUCUCUUGGGUAAAUACCGAAGGGUAGAUUGCUGAGUUAUAGACUAGGUAAUUAUCUUAGAUGUUGUAUCAGUCAUUUCUUUUGUUUUUCCAAAAGAAAUUGGUUUAAUUUUGCCUAUUUUUGCCUUCUGUGUUGGUAGGAAUUAUGUUUGUAUAUUCUUCUGUGACUUGCCUUUUUUGCCUCAACCUUGUUUUAGAGAUUCUAAUAUUCUAAUACUUAACUUUUUCUGAUUAGGUCUGCAUUCUACCUUUUUAUCUCAAUUUGUCUUCUCCCAUCCUUCUUUAUUUGUAGUUUUUGUUUAUGAGUUUCAUGUUCUCUUUAACUUCUUUAAGCACGAGAAGCAUUUUUUGUGGACUUUUUUCCUAUUUCUGUAGUAUUUCUUUCUUUUUUGUAGUAUUCAUUUGUAUAGCCAUUACGCUGUGUGUGUGUUAAACUGUGCUUGACUUCGGCCACUCCAUGCUGACUUGCUUUUUAUGCAGCUGUGGUGUGGCUGGGUUCUUAGGCACCUGUAUGGGGGAUUCAUUUUGAAGGUUAGGUGUAGUUGGAGUGGGAGAGAGGCAGGCUGUGGCUCACCUCUUGGCUCUGGGCAGUUAUGAUUGGUGGAUUUCAGCUCUGGUUUUUGUAAUUACAUAUGCUUUUCCCAUGGGGAGCAUUCACAUAUUCGAUUUCCCUCAAUUAUGAUUGAGCAUAGCUUGAUUUCUGACAGAAAAAUAGAUGAGAGGCUCCUAUCCGCUUUCCUUCUGUCCCUGGCUCCAGCAGCUGUUUCUUUCUAUUCACUGCUGGCCAGAGGAUGGUUAAAAUAAAUUUAAUGUAAGGGCCAUAACUAGGGAACUGUUAAUCUAUUUGGGGCUGCGGGUUGGGGGCUGUAACUUUUGUGUUGGGCCUUUGUGGCUGUCUUCAUUCCAGUCUGCUGCUUUAGUUGUUCUUACUUCUUCACUCUUUACUUUAAAUUCUGAUAAAUCCUUUAUAAGCCCUCCCAGUGAUUGUUGGCCCAGCCCCCUCUGUGCCCGCCCCGCCCCUGCAUUUCUGAGAUGGUGGGUGAAGACUGGAUUCCUGAAGCUUCCCCUCUUCCAAGUUUGUGGUGUGCACUUAGGCCUCCCUUAGUUUAAAUGCCCCUGGAUUAAAUGCUUAAUCUUAGUUUAAAUCCUCUUUUAUUCAUUGUACUAUAGUCUGUAAUUUUGCUUUGCAACACUAACUUUCCCAGGAUGGUGGUAGUUCUGUGUUUUUAAGCCAUUUCAUAAAAUGUUUAAUUAUGAAAGCAUAGCUUCCUAUGCUGGUAAAUAAUGUCCUGCCUUUCUUGAAGGUAAGUCACUAUUCCGAGAUAAUGAAAACCUGUUUUUCUGAGAUCUAGGAUGGAGAUGGAUUAUGCUGCCAGAACCAGCAGUGACGUCUGACGUUGGAGGAGUAGGAGAUUGACCAGACAGGUGCAUGCCCAAAGAAAAAUACGAGCCCCCUGACCCUCGGAGGAUGUACACAAUUAUGUCCUCCGAGGAAGCAGCAAAUGGAAAGAAAUCACAUUGGGCAGAGCUUGAAAUAAGUGGAAAAGUAAGAAGCUUAAGCUCAUCUUUGUGGUCACUAACUCACCUGACAGCUUUGCAUCUGAGUGACAAUUCCCUGUCCCGUAUUCCUUCAGACAUUGCCAAGCUUCACAAUCUGGUGUAUCUGGACCUGUCUUCUAAUAAAAUCCGGAGUUUACCGGCAGAACUCGGAAACAUGGUAUCACUCAGGGAACUCCAUUUAAAUAACAACCUGUUACGAGUUCUACCUUUUGAGCUGGGAAAACUGUUUCAGUUGCAGACUUUAGGCCUGAAAGGAAAUCCACUUACCCAAGAUAUAUUGAACCUCUAUUUGGAACCAGAUGGAACAAGAAGGCUACUGAACUAUUUGCUUGAUAAUUUGGCAGGUACUGCAAAAAGAAUUUCAACAGAACAACCACCUCCAAGAUCUUGGAUUAUGUUACAAGAACCAGACAGAACAAGGCCUACUGCCUUGUUUUCUGUCAUGUGCUACAAUGUUCUUUGUGAUAAAUACGCGACCCGGCAGUUAUACGGCUACUGUCCAUCAUGGGCGCUAAACUGGGACUACAGGAAAAAGGCCAUUAUUCAAGAAAUCUUGAGCUGCAAUGCUGAUAUCGUAAGUCUUCAGGAGGUUGAAACAGAACAGUAUUACAGUUUUUUUCUGGUAGAACUGAAAGAACGUGGCUAUAAUGGAUUCUUUAGUCCUAAAUCUAGAGCUAGGACAAUGUCAGAACAAGAAAGAAAACAUGUUGAUGGCUGUGCAAUAUUCUUCAAGACAGAAAAAUUUACUUUGGUUCAGAAACACACUGUUGAAUUUAAUCAGCUAGCGAUGGCAAAUUCAGAAGGGUCUGAAGCUAUGCUGAACAGAGUCAUGACAAAAGAUAACAUUGGAGUUGCAGUACUGCUAGAACUUCGAAAGGAAUUGAUUGAAAUGUCAUCUGGAAAACCACAUCUCGGAACAGAAAAACAACUGAUUCUUGUGGCUAAUGCUCAUAUGCAUUGGGACCCUGAAUACUCUGAUGUGAAGUUGGUUCAGACAAUGAUGUUCCUCUCAGAAGUGAAGAACAUUAUUGACAAAGCCUCACGGAGCCUCCAGUCCAGUGUGUUGGGAGAGUUUGGAGCUAUUCCACUGGUGUUGUGUGCAGAUCUUAAUUCUUUGCCAGACUCUGGUGUUGUAGAAUAUUUGAGCACUGGUGGAGUAGAAACAAACCAUAAAGACUUUAAGGAGCUGAGAUAUAAUGAAAGUCUUACAAACUUCAGCUGCAAUGGGAAAAAUGGGACGACCAAUGGCAGGAUCACGCAUGGGUUCAAGUUAAAGAGUGCCUACGAGAGUGGCCUGAUGCCCUACACGAACUACACCUUCGAUUUCAAGGGUAUAAUUGACUACAUCUUUUACUCUAAACCUCAGCUGAACACUUUAGGCAUCCUGGGACCUCUGGAUCACCAUUGGCUAGUUGAGAAUAAUAUCAGCGGCUGCCCACACCCACUCAUCCCCUCUGAUCACUUCUCACUUUUUGCACAACUGGAGCUCUUACUGCCUUUCCUGCCCCAAGUUAACGGCAUUCACCUUCCCAGCAGGAGGUAGUCAAGUACCUUCAGAGGACGACCUCAGUUUCAUUUGUAAACUCAUAAAAAUCUGAAUAGAGGGGAGUGAGGUAUGGCCACUAGGGUUUUUUUUUUUCCUUAAUGGUAAUUUGAGUUUUCAAUCUGAUUUUUUGAUAAAGAUAUAGUAUGAAAGCCAGGUGCUAGCAACAGACAAAUACUGAGCCCAAUAUGCUUUAUAUACUGUUAGACAGGGAUUGGUGUGUGUGCACCUCUCUUUAAUUUGUUACAAGUGAUUUUCCUGUUUCUUCUAUUCAAAUAAUAUUUUCAUGCCUUGAAAUAGGAAAAUGUUUGAACAGCAUACUCUCUUUGCACAGAAAUCUGUAGCACUGCUUUCCUGAGGCCAGUAGUACCAUCCAGAGACCAUUCUCCCAUACUUGACUCUUCCCUUUUCAGACUUGUUUGUAAAAUAAAGACUUUGAAUUUAGCCUUUAUGAUUGUAUAUGAUCCACAGGAGACCUGAUUUAUGAAAUUUUGUACUAAAAAAAUCAGAUUUGGAAAUGAUUGUAUUAUAAACUAAGGCUAAGUUUUUUUACCUGUUUCAUGCGUUAUAAAGGCCAGCUUGUAAAAGAAGCUGCAACAGACUUUCUCUGCUGAUGAUUUGCACUGUUAGGGUUUUGUUAGCCCUUUUGUACUACUUUAUUUUUAAAUUGAGAACAUUGCUCUUUAAAUCUGUUUAAAGCUUAGGACAUUUUCUUCGACCAGUGACAACUUAUCCAUGAAACCCUGUGUUGUCAUGAAAACUAUCUACAGGAGAGAGAAGCUGCACGGUGAAAGAUCUGGGCGUCUGUGGACUGAAUGUAAUGGCUGGUAUAUGUACGUUCUGAUAUUUUUAAAUCUUUAACUUUUAAGUUAAAACAUUACAGCUGCUUAGGUACAGCUUCUUAACUCCCUUUUGAGGCGCUUCCUGUCCUAUCUCCACUGUGCCUGCCUAAAUUUGUUCUCGCUGAGCACUGCCUGUGCGUGCAGAGAAAGUCUGUGCAUCCUCUUUUAGAUUUUUAAAUACUGUUUAACGUUUGUGAGAAUUUUGUGAAAAUGCUUUUGUGUGAGCUGUGGCUCUUCCCGUUGUGAAGCACCGAAAGUCACAUUUGGAACAUGCUCCUAGGGUGGGUCCCUGGGUCUCUGCUCAUCAGACGCAAGCACUGCUUCUUGGCGCUGUUGCACAGUGCUGUCCGUCGCCUAGAGCGCUAUCAUGUGAGCUCUUUUUGUUUUCCAUGAAUUCUUUAGUCUCCAUGUUUUUUAAAAUCAUUCCUUUUUUUAAAAAAAGAAAGUGAUUUUCCGUUUAUGAAACAGUAUAAAGGAGAUAUAUUUUCAAAACAGGUCCCCAAGACAAUUCUUCAGAUCAUUUUUAAAGUGACUAAGUCAUUUUAAUAUGUCGACCAAGAUCAAGUUAUAUUCUGCCCUGUAUUUUGCCCAUAGUGCCAUUAGUAGAUUAGAGAUAGAAGCCAGCUGUAACUUUGCAAAGUUAACUCAUGUAUAUUUUGUUCUCAUUCAUUCAUUCUUCUCUCAAAAAUCAAAUGAAUUCAGAGGGAACUUGGUUUAACUGCUUUUGUUUCAACUGCAGGCAGGGGAGCAAAAGGAUACCAUGUGAGCAUUAAACAAAAAUUGUUGAUUGUUAACAAUUUUUAUAUAGAGAAGGAGUCAUUUUGGAUAAUGACUUAAAAUUUUAUGAAAAAUGUUCGGCACUUAAAUGUGCUUAAUUUGUUUUUAAGAGAAAAUAAAAUUACAUACUGUUUAAAUAAAUGAUGAUUUUUUUUUUCUUUCUUUCUUUCUUUCUUUCUUUUAAAAAAAUUUUCCUGAAGGUUUUGAUCUUGAAUCUUUGUCUUGGACCUGGUUUUUCCUUUGAGGUUUUUAAAGAUUUUGUUGUGAUGGUUUUUUUUAUUUUUUGCUUUUUGUUUAAGUUGUGCCGACACCAAACACACCCAGUUUAUAAUCAGUCCAUUAGAAGCUCGUAUUGAUGUAGAACUAACGCAUAAAUUUUAUGGGGUUUUUGUUUUAUUUUUUUGUAAAGUGUGAAUAAAAGGUGUGUUUACUCAUUUUUCCUAAACACUGUGUUGGUAAUGUGCAUCAUGACAAUUUCCAGCAAGGGCAAGCUGGAGCUGGUUGGACUGAGGAGACGAAGGGAGCCACUUUUCCUGUGAUCUGCCUUUUGUCAGAACAGGUCCGAGAGCUUUAUGGAAGGGGAGGGGAGAAGCACUUCCUCUGUGCGUGGAGGAUGCAUUCUUCUCCUAGAUGCUGGAACUAGAGUGCACUUCUUAGAUGCUGAAGGUUUGAGCUUUAUACAAAGUGUUUUCAUCUGUAUUGAUAUUGUCUACAAUAUGUUUGAAUCUGGGGGCAACAUAGUGAGAUAUAACGGCCGGUUAUGUCUUGAAAAUAUUUGUUCUUGCCUCUUCUUGGCAUACUGCAUUCUGUGGGUCAGUUUGAACAGCUUCCCCACCUUAUUGAGAUAGUUAUAAAUUGAACCAAGAGUAUAGAUUUAAAACUCUAACUUCAAAAGAGAAAGAAAUAUUUUAGGCCUGUGGGGAAUAAAUGGUCACCCCAAGAUAGAUUAUGAUAACUUUUGUUAAGCGAGGUUUUGUGUUUUAAAUAUUUUCUGUGUCCUGAAUAAUUUCCAAUAAUCCAUACUCCCUAAAAUGCAAUAAAUCCUAGUAUGUUUUCACAGUAUAGAUUUUUUUUUGACAAAUUCUAUAACAAAUAUAUUUAAUGUGGUGUUGCCAUAAUGUAAUUUCAGUGUUCUUGCUGGACAAAUCCAUCUUAUGAAUAUUUUACAGAAGAUUUGGGGUAUGUUUUCUCUUUUAAUGAUUAGAAAUUUGAAAAUCCUUGUGUAAAUCUCUUGAAAUGCUGUUUACCAUAUAAGUGGUAACUAUUUAUGCUUUGAGAAUUUAAAUGUUCAUCAAAAUUAAUUUAUGGCAUAAUUUAAAGUUGUAGAAAUAAAAUGUUGAUUGCAACUUUAAUAGUCCUACAAGAUAGACAAGGAACAUCUCCAAGAAAUAUGUUUUUAUUUGAUUUGGUUACAGCCAAGAAAACUUAUUUUGAGUUAGCACUUUGAAACCUAAGGACAUUAUUAAAUUGGGUGGAAUGCACUUCUGAAUGUUGAAAUUAAAAUUUCAAAGCUUUGCUAAGGUUCAGGUUUUCAAUAAUAAAUACCAGUUUUAGUAUUGCGUUUUUUACUAUUUAAACUAAUGGGAUUUGUUUCCAUAGAGACUUUUAAGGUUUUGGAAUCAUCUCGUAUUAGAACAAAAGCCAACCUAAGCAAAACAAUUACAGCAGUUUGUUCUUUUAAUGAACCAAUCAGAAUAUCCAGUACAGAUGCUGCAGAUAAUUCAAAGAACAUCUCACAAGUGUUUCUCCCCAACUUGUAAACAGUAUUUUAAGAUGUUCAUUUCGCUCUUCUUUUUGGUGACAUAAAUUUUAUUCAUGUUCAAGUAGUGUCUACAACAGAGUAUCUAAUCUUAUUCACAGUACAUUAUAUUGUGUAAUGCACUGGACUACUUUUGUUUACCAUUCAUGUAACAAAACUCAGCACAUUAUCUGCACUAAGCUCAAAGAAUGUCGCAUUUGCCUGGGCGGCUCUUUGAUACGGGCAUAAGCCGAAUGUGUACCUAUGGACUGGUGGUAACAAGGGCUUUUACUGUUCUUUCCAGUGGAACCUUCUUGGUCAAAUUGUAACUAGCUAGUAUUAUAUUUAUAUACAGGGUCUCUUUUCUUUACCAAUGUAUUUUCCUACUCAUAGCCAACAAAUAAAUUCAAUAUCUGUUUCAAAUAUUUUAACAGUGUAAUUUGUAUAGCUGUAGUACUGAGGUUUGAGAAAAAUAAAUCAGCAGUUAAUCAGCGGACCACACAGUUCAAAUUCUGAGUCAUCUGGGACAGGGUUAUAACUCACCUUUUGAAAGGGAAGAGUGAAUGGGAACAGAGCUGUGGUAUUGGAGAGAAGGUGUGAACUUAAUAAUUUCCUUAUUGGCUCUCUUGUUCUGUAUGACACUCAUAUCUUUGCCAAAGUCCAAUUUUAUAUUUGGGCAUCUGAUGGUCCUUUUGCAUUUAGGAUUUUUUAUUGUUGUUACUAUAUAUACUAUACCUCAUAAUAGAAGAAAUGAUCUCGUGUGUUUUCCAUCUUUUGGAAGGAGGUUGACAUUUCAAAUAAAUGCGUUUAAAUACAAUAGCAAACAUUGUGUUGGUGGGAUUAUAGCAAUUCAUUAAAUGUUUGGCUUGUUAUAUAUAAAAAUGUGUGACUUCCCUACUCUUAAGAAUAUUAAAUCCAUUCUCUUUUUAGAAACUGCUUCUAUAACAAAUAAAUGUAAAUUUUUAUGAA